AUGGACGCCCCACCCCGCUGUCCCCGCCCAGCUCGCUACCCGGGGUCUCCCAGCGGCUCAGCCAGCAGGGCAGGGACACAGACCCCCCCACGGACGCCAAGCCGUCAGCCCCUGUACCCAGCCGGCCUCCCCCAUCUGACGUCCGGCCCCCGGCGUCCCCAGCGGCUCAAGUCACCCCAGAGCCCCAUAGGGGAGACGGGGCCUGUGUCCCCAUGUGCGCGCAGGAUCCCGGCCCCCCGGAGUGGUGGUCACGCCCUGCAGACGCGAAGCCGUUGCCACGAGGUGGGUGUCCCCAUCCGUCCGCGGGGAUCCCAGCUCCAUGGCUGCGGGAGCUGUGCCCGGGGACGCUGCCAGGGGGGACGACCGGCCUCCGACCCGCGAGCUCACGGCUGCGCCGUCCGGUUGGUGCUCGCAGCCUCUGCCCGGGGCGGGCGCUCCUCGGCCUCCGGGCUGCCCAGACACCUCUUCACCUCGGCAGCCAGCCGGGCCAGGUGCCCCUGCAGCUCGCUGGCCAAGCGGACGCAGCCCCCGAUCGCCUCCUCCAGCUGCCGCAGCCGUGGGGCGCCCCCGCCCAGGGGGCAGGCGUCGGGGGGCGCCGACGGGUCUGCAACAACAGCACGGCACCGCGUCAGGGUCACUGCGAGGUCCCAGCCCCACGGCAGCCUGCCCCACUCCUGCCAUGGCCUCAGCCGCGGGCAGGGGCGCUGGCAAGGCGGGUGUGGACAUUAUGAGUAGUGGGGCAGGUGGGACCUCCCCAGCAGGGGGCGCCAUGGGGGCAGGAGAACGGGCUGCGCGGGCGGGUCGGUGCCCCCAGCAGGGUGUUCUGUGUGGGGGCAGGAGAACGGGCCGCGCGGGCGGGUCGGUGCCCCCAGCAGGGGGCGCCGUGUGGGGGCAGGAGAACGGGCCGCGCGGGCGGGUCGGUGCCCCCCAGCAGGGUGUUCUGUGUGGGGGCAGGAGAACGGGCCGCGCGGGCGGGUCGGUGCCCCCCAGCAGGGGGCGCUGUGUGGGGGCAGGAGAACGGGCCGCGCGGGCGGGUCGGUACCCCCAGCAGGGGGCGCCGUGUGGGGGCAGGAGAACGGGCCGCGCGGGCGGGUCGGUGCCCCCCAGCAGGGGGCGCCGUGUG